UACAGAUUGAGGAACCGAAAAUUAAUAGAUAGUGAAUACUUGUACUUCUGCGAAAAUAUAACUUUCAAGUGGUAUUUUAACCUACUCUCUGCAGUUGUAAAUUUGUUUACUAGUUAUUUUGUUAAUAUUAACAAAUGUAAAUAGGUUGUUUCAUUACAAAUAGUACCAAAUGUUAUCAUUGCAAUGUUUGUUUUAUCAUAUAAAAAUGUCAAAAGUUCUUUUGUAGAGAUGAAUUAUACACUAUGUGAGAUAUUUUGCCAAAUUUGAUACUGUCUUUGAUUUAAAAACUAUAUACUGUUUGGGUCGAUUUAAAAAAAAAUACUGACGAUUAUUAAAAUGCUUAGAUAUAGAGGGAAGAAAAUUAAUUUAAAUAAUAUAGUAAAAGAAUUAGAUACUUUUCCUAAAGUUCAAGAUGAAAUUUAUGAGCAAACUUCAUAUGCUAAUAUAAUCUUGACUAUUUUAAUUAUGAUUUUUGGAUUUUGGUUGAUUAUAUCAGAAGUAAGAUAUGCAUUACAAAAUCGAUAUAUUUAUAAAUUUAUACCAGAUGUAGAAUAUGAUUCUAAAUUACCAAUAAAUAUUGAUAUAACAGUAAAGUCUAAUUGUGAUAGCGUUGGUGCUGACAUUGUUGAUUCUACUGGACAAAACAUGAUGUUAUUUGGGGAAAUUGAAACUGAAGAUGCUUGGUGGGAAAUGUCUGAAGAAGAACAACUUGAAUUUGAUGAAAUGCGAUUAACUAAUUCUUAUUUAAGGGAAGAAUAUCAUUCAUUAAAUAAUAUUUUAUGGAGAGAUGAUAAUAUAUAUAACUACGGUUCAUUAAAAAAAUCAAGAAAAAGAGAUAUUGCUCCAGAUGCAUGUCGAUUAUAUGGAUCAUUAAUUCUUAAUAAAGUAACUGGUAAUUUUCACAUUACUAGUGGAAAAUCCUUAUUAGUACCUGGUGGACAUGUUCAUCUUACUGGUCCUUUAUUCGGACCUACACCUAGUAAUUUUUCUCAUCGUAUUAAUCGGUUAUCAUUUGGAACUAAAAAUACAGGUAUAAUUAACCCUUUAGAAGGAGAAGUUCAAAUCGCUACUGAAGGGUCACUAGCUUAUCACUAUUUCAUAGAUGUAGUAGCUACAGAUAUAAAAGGACGACUAAGUGAUGUAAAAACUUAUCAGUAUUCAGCAAAAGAUUUAAAACGAGUAUAUAAUGAUGAUAAUACACAUGGAAAUCAUGGUAUGUCUGGAAUUUUUUUUAAAUACGAUAUUAAUGCACUCAAAUUUGUGAUAGCUCAAGACCAAGUGACUAUAUUUCAAUUUAUAAUAAAAAUUGCUUCUUCUUUUGGAGGCUUCCUAAAAAUUAUAUUGGACAAAAUAAUAAAAUUCUUUUACCAAAAAUAUGAUAAUACAAAUUUUCAUAGUAAAAAAUAAUAUACAAAUUGGCCAAAUACAGAAAAUCACUACUGCAAGCAAUGUUAUUUCCCUAUUAAAUAUUCUGAUUUCCUUAUUAAGGUAAUUUGUUAUUUCUACAUGAUAUUUUUAUUGUUGGAAAAAAAUUGUAAAAAUAUUUGUAUGUUGUUUAAAUUUUGUUUUAAUAUACUAAUGUAUUUUUUAUAUAUAUAAAGUGUGAAUAAACUUCAAUUUAAAGACUUGUAUGUAUUUUGAAUAAAAAAUUAGUAUCCUUAUAAA